GAGCGAUCAACGAUUAACGAUGAAUAAUAUCAUAGUGCUAAAUUUUCUAAUAAUAAUUUUGAAUACUUUUCACGCAAAUUACGCAAUUUUUAAAAUAACUAAUGGAAAUACGGAUGACAAUGUUAAUGCCUAUAGAACAUAUAGUGAUUAUCGAGCAAAUAUGCAAUUACAUACGGUGAAAAUUUUUGCUCGUGAAAAUAGUAAAACGCUUAAAGGGUAUUCGUGUUCGGGAAGUAUCGUUGAUUAUUAUUGGAUUAUCACAAGUGCUCAUUGUGUUUAUGGAUUUGAUGUGAUUGAUGUGUUUAUAGGAAAUGUGACAAAUGAUUUGGAUCAUAUUGUUCGUGUGAAAAAUGUUUUUAUUCAUCCGGAGUUUGAUUAUGAUAAUGAGAUUAUCAACGAUAUAGCUUUAUUGAAAUUAAGACGAUCGUUAGCCAGUCUAAAUAAUACAUUCGAAAUUAUUGCGCUGCCGACAAUUUAUGACUCGGAGAGUGAAUAUAUUGGGUUUCGAGGCAUUAUUGCGGGCUAUGGAAAGUUUGGAGACUCCGGUCCAACCGCAAAUUUCGCUAAUUAUGCAUACUAUGAGAUUAUACCACUCCGGGAAUGCCAAAAUCUAUUUUUAAAUAACUAUACUGAAUAUUCAUCAAUGUGCUUAUGCGGAAAAGGCAUUGGAGCGUCGAGCUGUCAAGGCGAUAGUGGACAAGGAUUGAUAAUUUAUCGACGGGGUGAAAAGAAAAUUGUCGGUGUGGUUAGUAAAGGUUUAGAGAGCUGUGAGACGAUAAAUGAACCAGAAGUAUUUACACGUGUUGAUAAAUAUCUUGACUUUAUCCAGGAAAUAAUAAAAAGUUACUAAAAGAAGAAGAAAAAAUUAAUUCAGUGUAAAAAUUCAAUUUUCGUAAUGCAGUAAAUUUUCAAUUUUUCUUUGCCUUUUGUGUGCGAUUUUCUUUUUCUUUUUAACUCUCGAAAUUAACUUCGCACAAAGCUUUGUAACAUGUACAUUUGUUGCAGGUUCUUUAUAACGAUGUUAUUGCUGAACAUAAAGGCAUAUUGUCGAUAAAAGGGUAGAAAAGGUAAAGCUUCAUUUAGAAUGAAAGUGAAUGUGAGGAAGCGAGGUGGCACACGAAAGUGUUUGACUUUAAAUAUUUAUUUAUAUUCAAUGGUUUAUUCACGAGGAAAAAAACCUUUCAACCUUUCCUUCCACCUUCGGUCGUUCCUUCGUUGCUGUUUUUUGUAGUCAAUGUUGAAAGAAUCAAUCGAUUUAUUGCUGGAUUUAAAGGGAUGUUAAAGACAUGUAGAGUGUAAUAAAAUUAAAGUUUGCG